CUCUCACACACUCUCUCUCUGUAAGAGGCGCCUGGCAAAGACACAGACAUACAUGCACACCAGCCACUUUUUGCAAACCCGCCCGCUGCGCAUCGGAGCCGGCAGUAAUUGGACCUCCUCAGCUGAUGAAGGUUUUUCAUGUCCAGCCUUGUCCAGGAUCUCAGUGACCCCGACGGAAAGGAGUUCGACUUGACAGGAUGGGGGGAGUCAGUGAGGGAGAUGAUGUGUUGGCUCGUUGGAGCGAUGGACUCCUGUACCUUGGCAAUGUAAAGAGAGUCGACGGAGUCAAGCAGUGCUGUUUGGUGAGAUUUGAGGACAACUCUGAGUUCUGGGUGCUGAGGAAGGACAUUCACUCAUUCUCUGCUGGAGUGGAAGAAGUUUGCUGUAUUUGUGACGCCCCGCCUCUUAAAGAACCCCUCAUAAAUUGUCUUAAAUGUCACCACGGUUAUCAUCCAGAGUGCCACACGCCGACCAUCGAGCCAGAAGCUGACAGCGACUCCUGGAUUUGUCGACAAUGUGUCUUUGCAGUCGCAACCAAGAGAGGCGGUGCUCUCAAACGAGGACGCUUCGCCCGGCUCAUGCAGUUCAUGAAACUCCGGCUCCCCUACCAGCUCUCGUCCUUAGACUGGGACCCUCAGCAUCUGACCAAUCAGCAGCAGUGUUACUGCUACUGCGCCGGACCUGGAGAGUGGAACCUAAAGAUGCUGCAGUGUGGCAGCUGUGGCCAGUGGUUCCAUGAGGCCUGCACACAGUGUCUGUUAAAGCCGUUGCUGUAUGGAGACAGGUAUUUACACCUUGGGGCUGACACACACCCAUAUUUGUUCUUCGGUGUACGCUGUCAGCUGCGCGAGCACAGCUUUGAUUCCUUCUCACUCCUCUUCGUCCUCCAGCUUUCUGACACGCCGAGGCAGGACCGGUGUCACAAUCUCCUCAACGCUCUCAACUCUCACAAGGACAGGUUCGUUUCUGGAAAGGAGAUCAAGAAGAAGAAGUGUCUGUUUGGGCUGCAGGUACGAGCUCCGCCUCCACUGACGUCUGAUUCGUCGCCUCUCGUCACCGAUCCUCCUAUCAGCAUCACCCACCGGAAAAGCCCGUUGUCACUGCCCUGCCAGAGGAGAGUUGGGGGUUCGGAGUCCCGUAAAUCAAAGCGUCGCAUCAUGGAGACACAGGCAUGUCCACCUCCAGUCGUUACCAACCCAGUGGAACUCCUGCCUUGUUGCCAUGGCUACAUGGGAGGAGCCAACCUUUUUAACUCCAGGAAGUAUGAUGAAGAGAUCAAUGCAAGCUCCCCUCCCAAGCGAAUGUAUGCCCUGUACCACAGCUCCUACAACGGAAACAACGCGCUCUCCAGGGGACUUCAUCACUACGACAGUAUGGAGGACAUCUGCAGGUUACCACCAACGUGCUUCACAUACCCCUUCAGCUCCAACGGGAACCCCCAUCUCCAUCACCUCCACCAGCACAGCCACCAACACAACCAGAAGCAGCUGGAGCCCCUCAUCCUGCGCGACGUCCCUCCCUAUCAGAGCAGCGCGGUCGGCGGCGGGGCCAGCGGCGGCGCGGGAAGCGAGGCAGGAACGGGCGUGGGUAUGGGAGGGGGUGACGGGACUGUGUCCAGGAGCUGGGCGGGAGGAGGGGAGGCUGUGAGGAUCUUGGCCAGACGCGUGACUCCAGAUGGGAAGGUGCAGUACCUGGUGGAGUGGGACAACAUGGGGCUGUACUGAGUGGGAGGACAGGAGACGCUGACUGUUUGGCUGUGGCCACCGGACUGUUGUGUAUUUAAAUAUGUGGAUAAAGAAAC